AAAUGCCUGCUGCCUCUCCAGUUGGCUUUGGAAUCCAAGAAUGUGAAGCUGGCCCAACACGCAUUGGCAGGGAUGCAGAAGCUUCUGUCGGAAGAGAGGUUUGUAUCCAUGGAAACAGACUCUGAUGAGAAGCAGCUGCUCAAUCAGAUCCUGAAUGCCGUGAAAGUGACGCCUUCGCUCAACGAGGACCUGCAGGUGGAAGUGAUGAAGGUUUUACUGUGCAUCACCUACACACCGACAUUUGAUCUGAAUGGGAGUGCCGUGCUGAAGAUCGCGGAGGUAUGCAUUGAGACAUACAUAAGCAGCUGUCACCAGCGUAGCAUAAACACUGCUGUGCGGGCAACUCUCAGUCAAAUGCUGAGUGACUUGACUUUACAGUUACGACAGAGGCAGGAGAAUACGAUAAUUGAAAACCCAGAUGUCCCACAGGAAUUCGGGAAUCAAGGGUCAACAGUAGAGUCCCUCUGUGAUGAUGUUGUCUCUGUACUCACCGUCCUGUGUGAGAAGCUGCAAGCCGCCAUAAAUGACAGCCAGCAGCUGCAGCUUCUCUACCUGGAGUGCAUCCUGUCUGUGCUCAGCAGCUCCUCCUCCUCCAUGCACCUGCACAGGCGCUUCACGGACCUGAUCUGGAAAAACCUCUGCCCUGCUCUCAUCGUCAUCCUGGGGAAUCCAAUUCAUGACAAAACCAUCACCUCUGCUCACAGCAGCAGCACCAGUACCAGCCUGGAGUCGGACUCUGCAUCUCCAGGAGUGUCUGAUCAUGGCCGGGGAUCAGGCUGCUCCUGCACUGCUCCAGCCCUGAGCGGGCCCGUGGCUCGGACUAUCUAUUACAUUGCAGCCGAGCUGGUCCGGCUGGUGGGGUCCGUGGACUCCAUGAAGCCCGUGCUGCAGUCCCUCUACCACCGAGUGCUGCUGUACCCCCCACCCCAGCACCGUGUGGAAGCCAUCAAAAUAAUGAAAGAGAUACUCGGGAGCCCACAGCGUCUCUGUGACUUGGCAGGACCCAGCUCCAUUGAAUCAGAGUCCAGAAAAAGAUCAAUUUCAAAAAGAAAGUCUCAUCUGGAUCUCCUCAAACUCAUCAUGGAUGGCAUGACCGAAGCAUGCAUCAAGGGUGGCAUCGAAGCUUGCUAUGCAGCCGUGUCCUGUGUCUGCACCUUGCUGGGUGCCCUGGAUGAGCUCAGCCAGGGGAAGGGCUUGAGCGAAGGUCAGGUGCAACUGCUGCUUCUGCGCCUUGAGGAGCUGAAGGAUGGGGCUGAGUGGAGCCGAGAUUCCAUGGAGAUCAAUGAGGCUGACUUCCGCUGGCAGCGGCGAGUGCUGUCCUCGGAACACACGCCGUGGGAGUCAGGGAACGAGAGGAACCUUGACAUCAGCAUCAGUGUCACCACAGACACAGGCCAGACCACUCUCGAGGGAGAGUUGGGUCAGACUACACCUGAGGACCACUCGGGAAACCACAAGAACAGUCUCAAGUCGCCAGCCAUCCCGGAGGGCAAGGAGACGCUGAGCAAAGUAUUGGAAACAGAGGCGGUAGACCAGCCAGAUGUCGUGCAGAGAAGCCACACAGUCCCUUACCCUGACAUAACUAACUUCCUGUCAGUAGACUGCAGGACAAGGUCCUAUGGAUCUAGGUAUAGUGAGAGCAAUUUUAGUGUUGAUGACCAAGACCUUUCUAGGACAGAAUUUGAUUCCUGUGAUCAGUACUCAAUGGCAGCAGAAAAGGACUCGGGCAGGUCCGACGUGUCAGACAUUGGGUCGGACAACUGUUCUCUAGCCGAUGAAGAGCAGACCCCCCGGGACUGCCUAGGCCACCGGUCCCUGCGAGCUGCCGCCCUGUCUCUCAAACUGCUGAAGAACCAGGAGGCGGAUCAGCACAGUGCCAGGCUGUUCAUACAGUCCCUGGAAGGCCUCCUCCCUCGGCUCCUGGCUCUCUCCAGUGUGGAGGAGGUGGACACUGCUCUGCAGAACUUUGCCUCUACUUUCUGCUCAGGCAUGAUGCACUCUCCUGGCUUUGAUGGGAAUAGCAGCCUCAGCUUCCAGAUGCUGAUGAACGCAGACAGCCUCUACACAGCUGCACACUGCGCCCUGCUCCUCAACCUGAAGCUCUCCCACGGUGACUACUACAGGAAGCGGCCGACCCUGGCGCCAGGCGUAAUAAAGGACUUCAUGAAGCAGGUGCAGACCAGCGGCGUGCUGAUGGUCUUCUCCCAGGCCUGGAUUGAGGAGCUCUACCAUCAGGUGCUCGACAGGAACAUGCUUGGAGAAGCUGGCUAUUGGGGCAGCCCGGAAGAUAACAGCCUUCCCCUCAUCACAAUGCUGACUGAUAUUGAUGGCUUAGAGAGUAGUGCCAUUGGUGGCCAGCUGAUGGCCUCAGCUGCUACAGAGUCUCCUUUUGCCCAGAGCAGGAGAAUCGAUGACACCACAGUGGCAGGUAAUGACUUGGAUCUUGAGUUUAUGAACACUGCAUGUGUUACCAGCAAUUACAUUAUUAUGUGGUGACUUGAAUCAAGAUUUUGUCUUGGUUAGAAAAAAACUAAUUGGAAGUCAUUGUCUGUCUCCUCUGAAGGGGUUGCUGCUAACUGCGCCUCGGCUCUUGCCCAGAUGGCAGCUGCCUCCUGUGUCCAAGAAGAAAAAGAAGAGAGGGAGGCCCAAGAACCCAGUGAUGCCAUCACACAAGUGAAACUAAAAGUGGAGCAGAAACUGGAGCAGAUUGGGAAGGUGCAGGGGGUGUGGCUGCACACUGCCCACGUCUUGUGCAUGGAGGCCAUCCUCAGCGUAGGCCUGGAGAUGGGAAGCCACAACCCGGACUGCUGGCCACACGUGUUCAGGGUGUGUGAGUACGUGGGCACCCUGGAGCACAACCACUUCAGCGAUGGCGCCUUGCAGCCCCCUCUGACCAUCAGCCAGCCCCAGAAGGCCACUGGGAGCGCUGGCCUCCUUGGGGACCCCGAGUGUGAGGGCUCGCCCACGGAGCAGAGCCCGGAGCAGGGGCGCUCCCUGAGCACGGCCCCCAUCGUCCAGCCCCUGUCCAUCCAGGACCUCGUCCGGGAAGGCAGCCGGGGCCGGGCCUCGGACUUCCGCGGCGGGAGCCUCAUGAGCGGGAGCAGCGCCGCCAAGGUGGUGCUCACCCUCUCCACGCAGGCCGACAGGCUCUUUGAAGAUGCUACGGAUAAGUUGAACCUCAUGGCCCUGGGAGGCUUUCUUUACCAGCUGAAGAAAGCAUCGCAGUCUCAGCUUUUUCAUUCCGUCACGGAUACAGUUGAUUACUCUCUGGCAAUGCCAGGAGAAGUUAAAUCCACUCAAGACCGAAAAAGCGCCCUCCACCUGUUCCGCCUGGGGGAUGCCAUGCUGAGGAUUGUGCGGAGCAAAGCACGGCCCCUGCUGCACGUGAUGCGCUGCUGGAGCCUAGUGGCCCCACACCUGGUGGAGGCUGCUUGCCAUAAGGAAAGACAUGUGUCUCAGAAGGCUGUUUCCUUCAUCCAUGACAUACUGACAGAGGUCCUCACUGACUGGAAUGAGCCACCUCAUUUUCACUUCAAUGAAGCACUCUUCCGACCUUUCGAGCGCAUUAUGCAGCUGGAGUUGUGUGAUGAGGACGUCCAAGACCAGGUUGUGACAUCCAUUGGUGAGCUGGUUGAAGUGUGUUCCACGCAGAUCCAGUCCGGAUGGAGACCCUUGUUCAGCGCUCUGGAAACAGUGCACGGCGGGAACAAGUCGGAGGUGAAGGAGUACCUGGUUGGUGACUACUCCAUGGGAAGAGGCCAAGCUCCAGUGUUUGAUGUAUUCGAAGCUUUUCUCAAUACCGACAACAUCCAGGUCUUUGCUAAUGCAGCCACUAGCUACAUCAUGUGCCUUAUGAAGUUUGUCAAAGGACUGGGGGAAGUGGACUGUAAAGAGAUUGGAGACUGUGCCCCAGCACCUGGAGCCCCGUCCACAGACCUGUGCCUCCCGGCCCUGGAUUACCUCAGGCGCUGCUCUCAGUUAUUGGCCAAAAUCUACAAAAUGCCCUUGAAGCCAAUAUUCCUCAGUGGGAGACUUGCCAGCUUGCCUCGAAGGCUUCAGGAACAGUCAGCCAGCAGUGAGGAUGGAAUUGAAUCAGUCCUGUCUGAUUUUGAUGAUGACACCGGUCUGAUAGAAGUCUGGAUAAUCCUGCUGGAGCAGCUGACAGCGGCUGUGUCCAAUUGUCCACGGCAGCACCAACCACCAACUUUGGAUUUACUCUUUGAGCUGUUGAGAGAUGUGACCAAAACACCAGGACCAGGGUUUGGCAUCUAUGCAGUGGUUCACCUCCUGCUUCCUGUGAUGUCCCUUUGGCUCCGCCGUAGCCAUAAAGACCAUUCCUACUGGGAUGUGGCCUCUGCCAAUUUCAAGCAUGCUAUUGGUCUGUCCUGUGAGCUGGUGGUGGAGCACAUUCAAAGCUUUCUACAUUCAGACAUCAGGUACGAGAGCAUGAUCAAUACCAUGCUGAAGGACCUCUUCGAGCUGCUGGUCGCCUGUGUGGCCAAGCCCACUGAAACCAUCUCCAGAGUGGGCUGCUCCUGUAUUAGAUACGUCCUUGUGACAGCGGGCCCUGUGUUCACUGAGGAGAUGUGGAGGCUUGCCUGCUGUGCCCUGCAAGAUGCGUUCUCUGCCACACUCAAGCCAGUGAAGGACCUGCUGGGCUGCUUCCACAGCGGCACAGAGAGCUUCAGCGGGGAAGGCUGCCAGGUGCGGGUGGCGGCCCCAUCCUCCUCCCCAAGUGCCGAGGCCGAGUACUGGCGCAUCCGAGCCAUGGCCCAGCAGGUGUUUAUGCUGGACACCCAGUGCUCACCAAAGACACCAAACAACUUUGACCAUGCUCAGUCCUGCCAGCUCAUUAUUGAGCUGCCUCCUGAUGAAAAACCAAAUGGACACACCAAGAAAAGCGUGUCUUUCAGGGAAAUUGUGGUGAGCCUGCUGUCCCAUCAGGUGUUACUCCAGAACUUAUAUGACAUCUUGUUAGAAGAGUUUGUCAAAGGCCCCUCUCCUGGAGAGGAAAAGACGAUCCAAGUGCCAGAAGCCAAGCUGGCUGGCUUCCUCAGAUACAUCUCCAUGCAGAACUUGGCAGUCAUAUUCGACCUGCUGCUGGACUCUUACAGGACUGCCAGGGAGUUUGACACCAGCCCCGGGCUGAAGUGCCUGCUGAAGAAAGUGUCUGGCAUCGGGGGCGCCGCCAACCUCUACCGUCAGUCUGCGAUGAGCUUUAACAUUUAUUUCCACGCCCUGGUGUGUGCUGUUCUCACCAAUCAAGAAACCAUCACGGCCGAGCAAGUGAAGAAGGUCCUUUUUGAGGACGACGAGAGAAGCACAGAUUCUUCCCAGCAGUGUUCAUCUGAGGAUGAAGACAUCUUUGAGGAAACCGCCCAGGUCAGCCCCCCGAGAGGCAAGGAGAAGAGACAGUGGCGGGCACGGAUGCCCUUGCUCAGCGUCCAGCCUGUCAGCAACGCAGACUGGGUGUGGCUAGUCAAGAGGCUGCACAAGCUGUGCAUGGAACUGUGCAACAACUACAUCCAGAUGCACUUGGACCUGGAGAACUGUUUGGAGGAGCCUCCCAUCUUCAAGGGCGACCCAUUCUUCAUCCUGCCCUCCUUCCAGUCCGAGUCAUCCACCCCAUCCACGGGGGGCUUCUCUGGGAAAGAAACCCCUUCCGAGGACGACAGAAGCCAGUGCCGGGAGCACACGGGCGAGUCCCUGAGCCUGAAGACCGCUGGUGGGGACCUGCUGCUGCUGCCCCCCAGCCCCAAAGUAGAGAAGAAGGAUCCCACCCGAAAGAAGGAGUGGUGGGAGAAUGCAGGCAACAAAAUCUACACCAUGGCGGCCGACAAGACCAUUUCAAAGUUGAUGACCGAAUACAAAAAGAGGAAACAGCAGCACAACCUGGCCGCGUUCCCCAAAGAGGUCAAAGUGGAGAAGAAAGGAGAGCCACUGGGUCCCAGGGGCCAGGACUCCCCACUGCUUCAGCGUCCCCAGCACUUGAUGGACCAAGGGCAAAUGCGGCAUUCCUUCAGCGCAGGCCCCGAGCUGCUGCGACAGGACAAGAGGCCCCGCUCAGGCUCCACCGGCAGCUCCCUCAGUGUCUCGGUGAGAGACGCAGAAGCACAGAUCCAGGCAUGGACCAACAUGGUGCUAACAGUUCUCAAUCAGAUUCAGAUUCUCCCAGACCAGACCUUUACGGCCCUCCAGCCCGCAGUGUUCCCGUGCAUCAGUCAGCUGACCUGUCACGUGACUGACAUCAGAGUUCGCCAGGCUGUGAGGGAGUGGCUGGGCAGGGUGGGCCGUGUCUAUGACAUCAUUGUGUAGACAUCAUUGUGUAGCAGACUCCUAUUCCACUCCGCCACCAAACAGCAGUAGUGAGGGUUAGAGUCUGCCUGCCAAUCCAACUGUUGCGUUUUCCCCACCACCAGCCCCACUUAAACUAGUGUCUCAGAGAACAAUGUUUCCUAAUGUAAAAAGCCUUUCCAACCACUGAUCAGCAUUGGGGCCAUGCUAAGGUUUGUAUCUAGAUGACACAAACGAUAUUCUGAUUUUGCACAUUAUUAUAGAAGAAUCUAUAAUCCUUGAUAUGUUUCUAACUCUUGAAGUAUAUUUCCCAGUGCUUUUGCUUACAGCAUUGUCCCCAAAUGGGUCAUUUUCAAGGGUUACUCAUUUGAAAACACUAUAUUGAUCUAUCAUCUUAAAAAUAAAUAUAAUUCCUAAGGCAAUAUCUGCUGGUAAAUCAAGCUGAUAUGUAAACACUCAGACAUCUAGUACCAGGGAUUAUUAACUGGAGGAAGAUUUAUGAUUAUGGGUUUGGCUGGGAAGAAGACAACUAUAAAAACAUAUUCUUGGGUGUCAUAAUCAAGAAAGAGGUGACUUCUGUUGUAAAAUAAUCCAGAACACUUCAAAAUUAUUCCUAAAUAAGAUUUUUAGCUAUUCACCAAUUUCCCCAUAUAAGGUACUGUUGUGCCUUUAUUUCUGUAUGAUUUCUGUAUGUCUAAAAGAAGAAAGUCCUUUCCUAGCAGGGUUUGAAGUCUGUGGCUUGUCAGCCUGUGACACAGAGUACCCAGUGAAAGUGGCUGAUACAUAGAUCGUCGAGAGACAGACAUGAGACCAACCAGCCACCCUGGCUGUUCUCGUGGUGUUUGCUUCCGUCCCCAAGGCAAACAAGGAAAGGAAAGAAAAAAUGGUGCCUUAGUCUUUUGUUGCACUUACAUUUCCAUGCCCCACAAUUAUCUGAACGUAAGGUAUAACGUUUGGUUUUUAAGACAACAAAACAGUAAAACACAACUCAUUUUAUAUCAACACGCUUGGAGGAAAGGGACUCAGGAAGGGAGCAGGGAGUGUGGGGUAGGGAUGGAUUAUGAUGAACUCAUUUUCAAUCUUAAAAUAUAACACAACAAUCUUGCAAAAUUAUGGUGUCAGUUACACAAGCGCAAGUCUCAUAAAAUGAAGGCAAUGGAGAAAGACACUGAAAUUUAGAAAAUUUUGUCUAUUUAAAAUAUUUCUCCUAUCUAGCAAGUAAAGUUACCCUACGUUUGAUGUCUUUUCAUUCAGACCAAUAUUUCAGGUGGAUAUUUCUAAGUACUGAAAGCUUUAUCUUAUUAUUUACAGUAUUUCUACAUUAUCCUAAUGAUUGAAAACUCCUCAAUCAAGCUUACUUACACACAUUCUACAGAGCAGAGUUAGUUGUGAAGGCAUACAUUAUAAUUUCUCAGCUCUAUUCAUAAUGAAUAAGUCACCCUUUAAAUAAAAGACAAAUUCUGCAGUCUUGAAACACGGAUUUAAAAGGGUAUUUGCCAACUUUGCCCUCCUUGAGAAACAUGGAACUAACUUAGAGGUUAAGAGGAAGGCAGUGUUGUGACUUCUUCAGGUGAUCUGAAAGAAAGACCCUUAUCAUUCUGUGUGCCAUCUAGAGAUCACCACAGAAUCCAUUUUUUUCCCAGUUCCACAGAACACUCUGUUUGCCUUCAUUUUUCACUCACUAGACAAUAAUUCAAGUUUAGAAACAGGUAAUCAGCUAUUUGAUCUUAAAAGGCAAUGAAUUGUUGGGAUAUCAGUGAACUAUGUUGUAUACUUUUGAAUUUUUAUACUUUAUAAAUGGAAUUGAAAGUUGGAUAACUGCUUUUUUUUUUUUUAUUUUCCAACAGAAGUAACACCACAGUUGUUUUGUUUCUUUUUAUAGCUUACCUGAGGUUCAGUUCUUCUUUGUGAACCUGUGAGUACUCCACAGUUUACUGGGGGAAAAGGCUUCAGUAAAGCAGAGGCCAGAAUUACAGUAUUUAUACAUAGCAACUUUUCAUAAAGUGGAAAAAUUCAAAGGAAGCUGUCUCAAUUUGUGAAUACCGGCUGGGCGCAGUGGCUCACGCCUGUAAUCCCAACACUCUGGGAGGCCGAGGUGGGCGGAUCACAUGCGGUCAGGAGUUUGAGACCAGCCUGGACAACAUGGUGAAACCCCAUCUCUACCAAAUAUGCAAAAAUUAGCUAGGUGUGGUAGCAUGCACCUGUAAUCCCAGCUACUCAGGAGGCUGAGACAGGAGAAUCGCUUGAACCCAGGAGGCGGAGGUUGCAGUGAGCCGAGAUUGUGCCAUUGCACUCCAGCCUGGGCGACAAGAGCGAAACUCCAUCUAAAAAAA